AUGUCGUCGCAACCGCACCGGCGCCCACAGGGCCAGCACGACGACCUCCUCUCGCAGUACGACGACCUCGACACCCCGCUCGAUACCCAGGACCAGGAGAGGCUCAUUGCCCAGCUCAAGCAGCAGAACGACGGCUCAAACUACGGCCUCCGCGCCCUCCUCGCCGUUCUCAUCGCCCUCCUCGAGUUCCUCUACCUCACUCCGCUGCCGUCCUACAUCCGCGGCGACCACCCGGAAAACCACCUGACCCUCUACCACCACCCCGUCCACGUCGAGGGCACCAUCGACCAUCUCACCUACCUCCCCGCGUUGCCCAUCUACCUCUUCUUUUUCCUCGUCCACGGCUCCCUCCUCUACAUGGCCGCCAUCGAGCUCCUCUCGACCAUGGGCCACGCAAACCUCCUCGCCCGCUACCGCCUUCCCCUCGCACGCUCGACGGCCAACGCCGUCCCCUUUCCCUACCAGCCCCACCCCUUCGGCACCGCACCGGCCUGGCUCGUCCCCACCCUGCGCGACAUCAAGUGGUCCACCUCGCCCCAGACCAAGCUCAACCAGCGCGCAGACGACCAGCCCGCCGCCACCGCCGUCGCAAAGAGCGUCGCAAGCUCCCUCUCGGACCCCAAACUCCUCUACCUCUGGUUCCUCUUCAUCGCCAGCUGGCCCAUGCCCAUGCUCAUCUUUGGCGCCGGCAACUUUGCCAACGCCGCCUGGUGGUCCCUCAGCUCCGCCGUCCUCGGCAUCUACCUCGCCGCAGAGACCUGGAUCGCAAAGACCAACCGCGACAUCCUCGGCCUCGACGCGCUCAAGUACAACCACAAGUCGGCCUAG